AUGGGCAUCUCUAUGCUGUGGGAGGAUCCAGAGGUUAACCCAAUCACCAGGAAAGCCCGAGCGAUUCCCUUCUUCAACCCCUUCAACAAAUAUGGCCGAGUGUUCUUCUUCUCAUGGUUUGGUUUCUUCAUCGCAUUCUGGUCAUGGUAUGCAUUCCCGCCUCUCUUGAGCGAGGUCAUCGCAGCAGAUAUCGGUCUCACUCCGGCCCAAGUCGCCAACUCCAACAUCGUCGCUCUUUGCGCCACCCUCCUCGUUCGUGUCGUUGCCGGUCCAUGCUGUGACUUGUUCGGCCCUCGGAGGGUCUUCGCUGCCACUUUGCUCAUCGGUGCCAUCCCCACAUUCUUGGCUGGAACCGUCUACUCCGCAAACCAGCUCUAUGCUGUUCGAUUCUUCGUCGGUAUCCUCGGUGGGUCCUUCGUCCCUUGCCAGGUUUGGACCACUGGUUUCUUCGACAAGAACAUCAUCGGUACUGCCAAUGCCAUCACUGGCGGCCUGGGCAACUCUGGUGGUGGUGUCACAUAUUUCGUCAUGCCGGCUGUUUUCGAAGCCCUGAUGCGCCGUGGCCUGCCCGCCACCACUGCAUGGCGUGUCACCUUUGUCGUUCCGGGAAUCCUCAUCAUAUUUGUUGGCACCUCGCUCCUGCUUCUCUGCGAGGAUACUCCUUUGGGCAAAUGGAAGGACCGCGCCCAGGCCGCUGAGAACAACCUCCGCGAGCACGUCACCUCUGGCACCGUUGUGGCCGUUCCAGGUGCCGUUACCGAGAAGAUCCAGCAUUCCUCAGCCCAAUCCAUUUCGGAUGACAACAGCGACCUCGUCCGUGAGGAGAAGAAGCUGGACUCGACUCGUGGGACCUUCGGCGACAAUGAAGCCCAGAUGGGCGAGCAACAGAUGCUCGACGCCGCUCGUGGUGAAAUCGUCCAGAAGCCGACACUGAAGGAUAGCUUGAGGGUCGUUUUCUCCCCACAGACCGUUGUGCUCGGCAUGGCCUACUUCUGCACUUUCGGCGCCGAGUUGGCCGUCAACAGCGUCCUGGGUGCCUUCUACAAGAACAAAUUCCCCACCAACAGCCUCCAGACCAACGGCGCCUUCGCUGCCAUGUUCGGUCUGCUCAACCUUGUCUUCCGACCGCUCGGAGGUGUAGUCGCAGAUCUCGCUUACAGAUACACCGGCUCCGUCUGGUCUAAGAAGAUUCUACUCCACAUCUACUGUACCCUGACCGGCGUCAUCCUCAUCACCCUCGGCCUCACAAACCCCACCGAACUGUACAGCGUCGUUCUCGUCAUCGGCAUCGCCUUGGGAGCCAUCAUCGCCGGCGCCAACGGUCUCAACUUCUCCGUCGUGCCCCACGUCCACCCUCAAGCCAACGGUAUCGUCUCGGGUAUCACCGGUGCGUUCGGUAACUUUGGUGGCAUCAUGUUUGCGGUCGUUUUCCGGUUCACGCUCAACUCCAAGGGCAUGGCGGAUACCCCCCAUGGCAUGUGGAUCAUUGGUUCCAUCAUCUUGGGAAUCCAGGCUGUGACUUGCUGGGUCCCACCGAUUCCCAAAGGACAGAUCGGUGGUCGUUAG